AGAGAAAAAAAAUUGUGUCUGACAUUAGUAAGGAUAACGAUAAUUUGAGUGACACAAAUAAUUCAUUUUUAUCAGCUGCAACACCUUUCCGAAGUUCUGGUACUAAUAAAGUACCACACGAAUCUUUUUUAAACGAUGUUGGUGCAAUUCCCUCACCUGCUUUCCCCAUCCAGUUACAGGCAAACAAAGAUAUAAAUUGGAAAAUAAAAUCUACUAGUACCAUGGCUACUUCGAGUGAUUUUUUUAAAAAAACAUUAAAUGUCCCGGCUUUAGUAGAAAAAGCAGCCUGCAGCAACAAAACACCUGGGUAUAAAACUAUAUCAGCAGAAGCAACUGUUCCAAAUUCAGCAUUAAAAUUAGUUUUGGAUAAACUUGCAACAAUGCAGCAAGAAACUUUGCAUAUUUCGCAAGUGCAGCAAAAUAUGUUUAAUGCUUUUCAAAAAAUGGUUGCUGUAAAGAAGCGUGAACUUCCAGAGUGCGUAGAGUUACCAGUUAAAACUUUACUAGAGCUCAAAAGUUUAGAAAAAAAUCUAGAUAAGAAGGAUUUAGCUCAAGCUGUUAGUAAACACUUGGGAAUGAGAGGAGGGAAAGAUGUCAGUGAUACCACAAGACGCAUUUUAGAAAAAUUUUUAGUAAUGAUCUGGCUAAGAAACUUAAUUGGGCAGGGCGAUGUAAUAAAACUGGAGUGAAAGAUUUAAAAAUCGUAUCUUGUAUAAAAGCUGCUGUGCAAAUUAAUAAGUCUUUUGACGCAAAUGAAGUCAGUAUUGAAAAUGUUGUUAAAUCAUGGUUAAAGUAUGCCGGGGAUCGCGAAGGUGGAAGGGAUGCUCCCAAUAGAGUUAAAAGGAAGGAAUUGUCUAUUUAUCAAGAUAAUGUCAUGGAUAAUGAUGAUGAAGUUGUGUCUAGUGAAGCAUUUGUUAUGUAAUUCAUUUGACAGCUGUUAAAGAGGGAGAAGGUAACAAUUAAUUGGGAGUGUAUUCAUUAUAUGCAUUAGCUGCAUUUUAGCGGUAUGGAAUUCUUAUAAUAUUUGUAUAGGAUAAUUUUGAAGCUGGUAGUCUCUAAAUUUUGCAGUGGAAUACUGAUACUAUUAUUCAUUAAUUUUCUGUUAUAUACAUAAGUUUUCAGUUUCGUUCAUUUUCUGUUUAGAUGUGAGCCAAAAAUGCAAUAUCAAGAAAUGCACCUAUUAUUAUACUUUAAAAAACAUUUUGUUGCUUUAAUUUGUUGUUUAGGGGCUGUCCAUAAACAACGUCACGCAUCUAGGGGAGGGAGGGGGUCCAGUAUUUUGUGACGAUAUGUGACAAGGGGGGAAGGGGAGGUUGGAAAAAAGUGACGUCAUGAUACACAAUUGUAUAUAUAUUAACAAUUUU